AUGGGAGCUGGACUUGCACCAGGAAUCAGCUCGUGGCUUGCAUGCCGCUUCUUUGCUGGCGUGUUCGGCUGUCCCCCCCUUACGAACUUUGGCGGCACAACAGCAGACCUGUGGUCGCCAGUCGAGCGCACCUAUGUAUUUCCCUUGCUUCUCUGCUUAUGUUUUCUGGGGCCUUUCCUUGCACCAAUGGUCGCAGCUUUCAUGGGGACUAGUCCGCUGAUCAGCUGGCAAUGGACAGAAUGGCUCACAUUGAUCCUAACCGGUACUCUAUUGUUGUCUAUCUUGCUUUUCGUUCCAGAGACAUUCGCUCCAGUACUCCUUAAAUGGAAAGCGCAGGCGCUGCGUAAGGCUACUGGCAAUGAGCUGUACCGCUCAGAGCACGAGAUCGAAGCCAUUAAUCUCUACCGAAAACUUCAGCGCAGCGUCAAGUUACUCCUGAAGUUCUUGCUUACUGAGCCGAACAUCCAGAUCUUCUCGCUGUACAUGGCCGUCAUCUACACGGUCCUAUUUGGCUUCCUGCCAGGUUGUGAGUUCAUAUUCGGUAGCACUGGGAUCUAUGGACUGAACCAGGCACAUACAGGCCUUUGCUAUAUCGCGAUCAAUAUAGGGUUCCUCCUCUCGGUGCGUGAAACUCUCCACAUGAAUUACUGCAUCCACUAA